UGUUUGGACAUUAAACCAAUUGUAACAUGAAAUACCUCAGUUAUUAAAGUCACGUGUAUUUCGUAUUAACAGUUCCAUGCUUAAAAUAAAUUAUUGCACGUAAACGCGUGCAGGCAUUUCUUCUAUUUAUUAUUUAAAAGAGAAAAUUUAUCAGCUUCCAUAAAUACGCAGUAUUCUUGUAAUUUUUCAGGACUCGCGUAUGUGCAUGUCAAGCUGCGGAAACUAAAUCCGGCGCUAAGCCAGCCCCAACUAUUAUAAUCGUUACGUGGCAACCAAGAAACGGAUAGAAGUCAACAAAGUUCGUGACUACUUAUUGAUGUGGUGGAACGAAGACGACGAGAAGAAUGGCGAAAAAAGUGGCACCCGCGGCACUGCAAACGGAAGUUAUUAACGACGAGGAAUGGGCGAAGGUACUGCAACGGAAGGGUUUAGUAGUGGUGGACGUGUACUCGGAUUGGAGUGGUCCUUGCACAGGCAUGGUGAGCAUUCUGAAGAAGAUAAAGAUGGAGAUCGGAGGCGACGCACUGAGUUACGCCACGGCGAGUUGUGAUCGUGUUACCGACUUGAAGAGAUUUCAAGGAAAGAGCGAACCAACAUGGAUGUUUAUUCAUGAAGGCCGAAUGAUAAAUUUAAUGUUCGGGGCGCAUUGCCCGCAGUUCGUGAAAAUGCUGACGACCGAGCUCGAAAGGGUUCAAAAGGGCGACGAACACGAAUUUUCGUUAAAUGUUUUCGAGAAGAGUCCGGAAGAGAUAGUACGACUGAAAAUCCAGGAGGAAGCGAAAAUAGCUAAAGAAACAGCGAGAAAAUCUCGAAAAGUGGCUGAAGCUAAGGCGAGAUACGAGGCGGAGAUGCUGCAUCUGACUACAUCGUUACGCAACGAGACUUGUCUGCUGCUGUUUCCUUGGAUAUUCAAGGAUGAGGAGGGGCGUAGAAGAGAUAAGAGGUCGAGUCCACCAUACGUGGAACUAAUUGAGGAAUUGCUACCGGAGAAUUACAUGGUCGAACAAGAGCUACGCAAACGAAUGAAUAAGGAUCUGCUCCAGCAAAUGCUCGAUGAAUCCACGUACAGCUUCUCGGAAAACAGCAAGCAAUUACUCUUCGACGGCAAAUGUAUGUUUAUUCGAUUGAAGAUUGUCGAAGGGCGAAAGGAUCUUGACGUUCAUAAUCAUCUCUGCAAUAUCCUGUUCAACGAAUCGACGUUACCGGAGUCGGAAGACUGUUUAAAUGAAGAAUGCUAUGCCGGAAAACAUUGUCCAGCUUUCGAAGUCCCUGAUAAAGAAAAUAAGAAGUUUCCUUUUGUUUGGACACCACCGAAUCCUAGGAACAAGGCAGUUGUUUUCCGCACGAUAUUUACCGUUUACACUAACACAACGUAUCCGUAUGAAGAUAAGAUGGCAAAAGUGCCAAUAACCGUCUUCAAGUACGAUUAUACGCGUAAAAAUGAUUUAAAAAUGGUUCUGGAGAUGUUCGACGAUGACGUCAUCAAUUUUGGUAUAUUUGAAUACGAUAAACCACCUGAGGCUAAGAUGAUUGCUAAAAGUAUAGAAGCAUUCGAGAUGUGCACGGAAGAAAAAACGGGUUACGAAAUAUUCGUCUGUACUGCAAAGAAAGUAGGUUGCGAGGCAUUUUUGGGUUUCGCCGGGAUCGGACCUUUCCACGUGAGCGAAAAUCCGGAGAAGGCUAUCGAGGAGUCGAAAUUAUACUUCCCGGACGUCGUUGCCGUAGAAGAAUCGCAAUCGGACGACGAGGAAAAGCCAGAGGAGUCAACGGAAGAGCGUCAAGACGUCACAACGACAACGUAAUUGCCAUUAUUUUACGAUGACUGUGCAAAAUAGCGGUACAUGAAAAUAGCAAAUUAGGUGCAAUUUAAAAUUACAUCGAAGUAAAUUAUU